AUGAAUGAGCUGAUGAUAGCGGAGGAUCCAAGGGCCAUGUAUGAUGGAGCCGAUGAUAGUGGAGGAUCCAAGAGAGGUGAAAGAGCCAAUGACAGCGGAGGAUCCAAGGGCUAUGAAGGGGGCGAUGAUAGUGGAAGAUUCAAGAACAAUGAAGGAGCCGAUGAUAGUGGAGGGUCUAAGGACUAUGAAGGAGCCGAUGAUAGCGGAAGAUCCAAGGACCACAGAGGAGCCGAUGAUAGAGGAUCCAAGGACCACAGAGGAGCCAAUGAUAGUAGAGGAUUUAAGGACGAUGUAGGAGGCGAUGGCGAUAAGAAAGCCGAGGGCUUGCUCGGUGGGCCUCCUACUAAAACAUCCAAGGUAAUGUUCGGAGCGGCAGCUUUGCAACGAGACCGCAAGCUAGCUUAG